AUUAUGUUGGGAAAUUUGGGUGUAUAAAUAUGCAGAACAACAACUAGUCAGUUGCCUGCAUAAGAUCUAGGCGAGACCUACAUUAUUUAACGGCCUGUAGGAUAAGGAAAAUAUGGGUGAUUUAAUUCUCUAUUAAGUAGAUAGGUCUUUAAGGCUUAAAACAAAUUGAAUAAGUAAAUUGUUGCCUUAAAAAAAAUAAAAUAAGAGAAAGAGGCCAAUGGAGUAAAAUGUGUUUAAGUAAUUAGUUUCCACGUACUGCAAUGAGAGAAAUUCAUUUACUUUCAUCAAUCAAACAUGAAAAUAUAGUGAGUUUUCAAGAAGUUGUCAUAUAAUCUAGUAAGGAAAAAGCAGUAAUUAUGGUAGAGAGCACUUAUUUAGUCCUGGAAUACAUGGAUACAGACUUACAUAAUCUUUUGUAGAGACGAAUAGGUUUUAGUUUAGAUUAAGUUCGAUAUUUGAUGUAUUAAAUACUUGAAGCUCUUUCUUAUUUGCAUUCUAGGAAUAUAUACCAUCGGGAUUUGAAGCGUAUCCACAACUAUAUUUUAAAGCUAAUAACAUAUUAUACAAUGGCAAGGGAUAAGUAAAGAUCUGCGAUUUUGGAAUGGCCAAUGAAUAUUCAAAAAAGAGACCAUAAACUAAGCGAAUAUUGGUACCCCAAUAUAGAGCUCCUGAAAUCUAUUUAGGCGGUGUAUUUUGCUUCGUAUUUAACAAGAAUAGCAAUAUGAUUGUUCGGUUGAUGUGUGGUCAGCUGGCAUCCUCUUUCUUGAGUUAAUUGUAAAACAAAGUCCCUUUAUGUUGGCAAAAUCUGAAUCUCAAUGUUUUUAAAAAAUAAUUGAUCUUUGUGGAACUCCUACGGAAGGUUUGAAUUUUAUUUUUUCUUUUAUGGUGAUUGGUCAGAUGUGAGUUCACUUCCACAUUACCAUGAAUUUAUAAAUGAACCAAAGGAAAGAACAUUACGAAAGUACUUGCACGCUUAUUCAAAUU